AUGAAAAGCGCUCGAGUUCUAUUUUUUGCGCCAUCGCUACCGUUUUGCAUUCUCAGCACAUUCACAUUAUUAGCAACAUCACAGAAAUUACUUCGGGACAUUGGCAUUUACGAUUUCUAUGACUUAGACAUUAACAAUGACUUAGACGACAACAAAUAUUUUGACGUUGACAUAAAUAGUGACAUAGUUGGAAUUAACGAUUAUAUUAGCGAUAACAUCAGCUACAACGAUGACAUGCAUCUCAAUAGCUCGAAGCGAUUAAUCUCUUAUGAUUAG